CCGUGAUUGGCGAGGGCAUCGAGCCAAUGGGUUAUUUUUGCUACGUUAUUUGGGCGGAGAAGAAGGUUGUUCAGGAGCAGAGCCUCGCGCGCCGCCAGUGUGGUGACAGGUUGGCUGGCUCUCUCCUGCUCGCACUCCAUCUCUGCCCGGACUAGUAACUAACACACCACCAAGAUGUCCGACGACGAAUCAGCUUAUUCAGGUGAGGAAGGCGGAAGCGAUUAUGAGGAGGGCCACCAGCCUCGGCAAGCGGAAGUAAAAGAAAAAGUUAAGGAGGUCGAAACUGAUGAAGAGGAGAGGAGGAAGAAGGGAGAUGAGGGGGCCAACUUCCUCAAGAAUCGCCAGCAGAUGAAAAUGUCUGAGCUGGACGAACAGCUGGCAGAGUACAUCGCUGAGUGGAGGAAGCAGAGAGCCAAGGAAGAGGAUGAACUCAAGAAGCUCAAGGAGAAGCAGGCCAAGAGGAAGAUCCUUCGCGCCGAAGAGGAGAAGAAGCUGACCGAGAAGAAGAGAGCCGAGGAAGAGCGCAAGCUCCGUGAGGAAUCCGAGAGGAAACAGAAGGAACAGGAGGAGAAGAGGAAACGCCUCGAGGAAGCCGAGAAGAAGCGCCAGUCCAUGAUGAAGGGCUCCAGUGAUGGUGCUAAGAAAUUCGGCAAGACUGGUGGUGAUAAGUUCUCCAACAUCCAGGCAGCCAAGGGCGAGCUGGGCAAGACCCGCGAGCAGCUGGCUGAGGAGAAGAAGAUCGCCCUGUCCAUCCGCGUGAAGCCCCUCAACGUCGACGCCAUCAGCGCUGGCAGCUUGCGCGACAAGGCCAACGAGAUGUGGAACCUCAUCAUUAAGCUCGAGACUGAGAAGUACGACAUGGAGGAGAGGAUGAAGCGUCAGGAUUACGAUCUGAAGGAGUUAAAAGAACGACAGAAGCAACAGUUGAGACAAAAGGCCCUGAAGAGGGGUCUAGACGCCGAGGCACUCACAGGCAAACACCCACCCAAAAUCCAGACAGCCUCCAAGUUCGAGCGUCGUACUGACAGGAGAACGUACGAGGACAAAAAGAAGUUAUUCGAAGGCGGUUGGGAUCUUGUAAUCAAGGCUGAGAUGGAGAAGAUCUGGAAAGAGAAGUAUGAGGAGUUUAUGUCAAGGACAAAGACCAAGCUACCCAAGUGGUUCGGCGAGCGACCGGGUAAGAAGGCCGGCGAGCCAGAGACUCCCGAGGGCGAGGAAGUCGAGGAAGAGUUCGAGCCUCCUCCACCAGAGCCAGAGCCCGAGGAAGAAGAGGAAGAAGAAGAGGUUGAAGAAGAGGAGGAGGAAGAAGAGGAAGAGGAGGAGGAGGAGGAGGAGGAGGAAGAAGAGGAGGAGUGAUGAGAGAAUCUCACCACGUCCUCCCCCUCACUCUUCUUCAUUCAUCCGGAAUAUCGUCGUCACAUUCUCACUCUCAAUGUCUUGUUUAACAUCUUUAUGUGAAGAGUUAAAUUCUCUUUGUUGUAUGGAGUCAAACGUUCGGUUUUGUUUGGACAAAUUAUCAUUAUUAUUAUUAUUAUUCUCAUAGUUACUUUAUCGUCUCAUUAAGAGUUUUAUUUAUGAUCGGUUGGCUGUUUAGUUUUUAGUUUUUGAAAAACGUGGUGGAGAGGCGCCAGCGCCUUUUGCACGACCACUCAACGUUCAAAUCAUGGCUUUGGAUAACGCUUUAAACGACAUAGUAGUAGGUCUACUACUACUACUGGAAUCAACACUCGUCAAUAGCUCCCCGGAGAACAUCCAUCCAUCCGUCGACGGGGCAGGCAGUGGCCGGCAGGCAGAACCCGCGUUGCUCUUCUCCCGAAGAACGCUCAGCUCCUUCCUGCUACUGCCACUGCUACUGCUACUGACUGCUGCUCGUGAGGAUGCAGAGGCCACCACCACCAGCUGCUGCUGCUGCUAAUGUUGGCAGCAGGUGGCGAGGUCGAGGGCGGAAGCCACGCCUCCCCUCCCCGCCCUCCGCGUAUACACAAGAGACGAGCCUCGGAAGUCAUCCAAGGAAGGCCUCUGCAUCAAGUGUCCCCUCCCCCUUAAUGCCCCAUGCGGUGGUGCCCGAUGACGCCCCCACCCUUCGUUCGUCUCCCCACGGACAGAGGAAAACGUUGCAUCAUUCCUGCCUCCCAAGAUUUCGGUUGACGAUAAGAAGGACGCACGUUAUCACACAAGGACACAACAGCGCUCUCUCGUCAGGGCCCGGGAGGGACUCGGCGGUUCCCCAGCCCUCCGCGGCGCCCCUCCCCUGGCUCUUGGAAAAGACUUUUACACAGGCAGGAGCUGUCGGACGGAAGCCUUUCGAACAACGCCGCCGAGGGACACUCAUCGAGAGAGAGUCAGAGGACAUCAUCCAUCCAGAAAGCAAGAAGAAGAAGAAGAAGACGAACUCGGUCUCAAGAGGACUUGAACAGAGGGGGCUCGGGGCGCGCAACACCAUAAAACAAAAGAAACAUGGACGAUUCUUCACCAUCAUCCAAGAGAGACACACUUUCAACGUCUAUCUCCGAAGGCAACCACAUUUAUAUUUCUGUAUAUAUAUUUAUAUAUAUAUAUUCAACCAUACAUAGGCAUCAACACGUCUACAUUACAAGCGCACAAUAUAUUACAUACACUCACAACGAAAGAAAAGACCCGAGAAAAUACGCAAUUGGUCACCACUCCAAUCUUGUGUUCUCUGUUAUUUCAAGAUUCAUCGUAUGUUCCUUCUUUAAUGCUAAUUUCUUUCAAAAUAAAAUGUCAAAUAUUA